AUGCAAAGACCAUCACCACCUACUGAAGAAGAAGAUACUUGGCAGUAUGAUCCCAUUGAUCCCAACAAGAUAAGCCCCAUGAAGCUUAAGGAGUUCAAUGCUAAGGUGAAAUCACUUCCAUUCUAUGUCACUUUUGAAGAAGCUUGGGAUAAACAUGGUCUAGUGGAGUUCUUUUUCACAACUAGUGAAAACAAAGAAGAGAUACACCAACUUUUCAGGAAGGCACGAUUUCCCCUUGCCCCUCAUGCAGUCAAUCAACCACCAUCACCACCAUCAUCACCACCACCCAAGUGGUAUGUCAAUUCCAUAUCAAGAGAGAAGCUUGCUGAGUUCAACCAGUUUGUCCAAACUCUUCCAGCCAGCAUGUCUUUCCAAACAAGCUUGGCGCCACUACCCAUUCACCACCUUUCUUCCACAACUGCAAGGAGACACCUGAGGACAUAA